AUGAUGCACGAUGUCACUAACCAUGACUGUUACUUCGUCCAAAAGCCCGACGCCUCCGGUCGGUUUGGCUUGUCAACUGAACAAAAGUUGACUUGUGCCAUGAGGAUGCUUGCUUAUGGGCUUCCCGCCGACCUGUGUGAUGAGUUCCUCAACAUAGCAGAAUCUACAGCUUUGGAAAUUCUAAGUCACUUUACUAGAGCAAUCUGGAAAGUGUACCACAAACAAUACCUUCGUCGACCAUCAAAGGCAGAUUUGCGGUGGUUGCUCAAUGUUGUUGACAAAAGAGGGUUCCUUGGAAUGGCUCCUUCAAUGAUAUCAAUGUCCUUGUACAGUCUUUACUAUUCGACGAAGUCUAUAAAGGAGUCAUUCAGAAAAGACGUGGAGAGAGCAUUUGGAAUACUCCAAGCUCGUUUUGCAAUUGUGAGAGGACUAGCUCGUGGAUGGGACAUGGAAGAUAUCCAGUAUAUCAUGAUGACUUGCAUUAUUUUGCAUAAUAUGAUUGUUGAUGAUGAGCACGAUGAAACUGAAGAUAAUCAUGAAGUUGAUCCCGAUGAGGUCCCAACAAGACCAAGGAGAACAGAAAUAUAUGACCACUACGAAGUAGAUCAUUUGGUUGAGCGCGAUCCUCCUACAGUUGGGGAAUUCAUGCGCCGGUACCAACAUGUUAGAUGUCCAAUUGUGCAUAGAAGCUUCCAGAAAGAUUUGGUUAAUCAUCUAUGGAAUGUGAAGUACCAGGCAGAGCAGAACCGCAUGUGA